UUAGUACUCAGUCUCCAGCCCGAGCAAUAACGUAAUCACACCCAUGGGACAACGUCUCAUUGUGGAAGGCUUUCACGCGGAGCUGAAGGCGGCAAUUGCUCGUGUAGCGAAGCUUGAAAGCGAAGUCGAAGACCGUGACCAGCAGAUUGUUCGCCUGAACGCCUCGCUCAAAUGCAGUCCGACUUCCGGUGCAAGCGGUAUCGCUGACAACCACAGAGAUCAGCGCGACCCGGACGAUGCAGCCAUUACCGAUGUUUCGCUGAAGAGCAAGCUUGCGGCCGCUUGCAAGCGCAACGAAGAGCUAGAGUCUCUUCUAGCGCUCAGCCGGGAUGAGGCGCUGUGUAUGGACGAAGACGUGCCCACGUCGAAGCACAAUGCUGAUAUCAAAAAUGGUGGUGAUCAGAACAUCGAGCUUUUGAAGCAGAUCUCAACUCUGCAGAACCUGCAAUCUCAGUUGCGCGAUGUCAAAGCUGAGCUUGCAACGUACAAGACAGCGGAGGCAGCAUUGAGAGAGCAACUCGGAAAGAUUAAGAACCUCACCGGCACCAUUGCCGCUAUGCAAAUAAGCAACAGUGGUCUCACUGACAAGCUAGACAAGGCUACCAAGAAGCACGAGCGUGUCAGCGAAAGGCUUGCGGGCCGCGAGACACAGGUCCAGCGUCUGCGAGGUCAGUUGCCGAGAGAGAAGGAGGCGAGAAGCGUGGCUGAGACCAAGGCAAAGAGUGGCUGCUCCUCUAAGGCAUGCAAGUCGUGCAAGGUCCGCAAUCCAAUCACUGUCGACCCAAUGGACUGCGAUUAAGACGAUGAAGAGGACUUCAAGCCCGUCAUUGGGAAAACGCCGCAGGCCAUAUGGCUCCCUGCCCA